GGAGGAUCGCGCGGCGCACGGAGGACGUCCCCGUCGACUGGACGUAGCACGUCAUCGUCGUCGCGAGUGUAUAGUUUUUACCUCACACGUAGAGACGUAUAGAGCGCGAGUGAAUUGCGCGCGACAGAAGAGGAGAGAAAAGGACGCAGGAAGCGGAGCAGGAGAGGGAGAGAGAGGAGAGAGUGUGCAUCGCAACGCGUGUGAAAUGGAUGGUACGCCAAAGAAAAGCGAAGCAGUGCUAAUAUAUGGAUGCCCAUGGGUGGAACUUGGCCGAAAUGUGCCAGCGCUACCAUCACGCUAUACCGGCGGCAGCGGCGACGCAGAAUUCCUCGCCAGCUAGGGAUCCCUCGGCUGCCAUCGCGCAAGGCCUGUCAACCGCCGCUCUCAUCGAUCAAGCCAGUCCGUCUUAUUCGCACUACACGAUGCUGGAUAAUUAUGACAGGGGUGAGGUGACACCACCACCGGCGGUGAGCGGCUACGGCGGCUCCCCCGGGCUCCUGGCGCUCCAUUCGUCGCUUUACGCGACUCCCACGUCGAGGGCCUACGACAUCGACUCCGGUAUCGACGGCAACGACAGCUCGAUGCCCAUCGACACCCAAAUCAUCUCGAUACCGAGCAUGCUGUCCGGCCCGGCGCAGCAGCGGCUCGAGGACAUGCCGUGGCUAGCCUCUGGCCCGUCGCUCGAAUACCAACCGGGCAUCUCGCCGAUUCCCGCAGGAGUGAAGAUGUGCCAUCCCGGCGGCGGCACCGCCCAGAGGAGCCUCAAGGAGCAACGGAUACGUCGUCCGAUGAACGCGUUCAUGGUCUGGGCAAAGGUCGAGCGCAAGAAAUUGGCCGACGAGAAUCCCGAUCUCCACAAUGCCGAUCUCAGCAAGAUGCUCGGAAAGAAAUGGCGAGGACUAACGCCGCAAGACAGGAGGCCCUACGUCGAGGAAGCUGAAAGGCUUCGGGUUAUACACAUGCAAGAACAUCCGAAUUACAAGUACAGACCACGACGUAGGAAGCACGCGAAACGGACACCCGGUGCACCGUCCUCGCCUCCCUCGGCGACCAACACCGCGGGCAACAGGUCCAAUCCUGCCGGCCCGGCGAUUCAUCAUUCCAUGUCCAAGAUGGACAGUUACCAGGGCAUGUCUCAGAUCCCAUGGGGUGGUCAUUCUCCGAUCUCAUCCCUGUACCAUCAACAGCAACAACAGGGUAUCCAGGAGUACAAGUCGGAAAAUAAUUCGCUCUAUGGCAGUCCUUAUACACCCAUCAUCCACACUCCGGACAUAUCUCCAGUGGCCAGUCCCGAACCCGAUGGUGAUGGUGGUCAUCUAUCGUCCGCUCAAAAUCCGGAUGCAGAACGAGAUCUAAUGGAAGGUACUUCGAAGCAACAUGGAGACAUGUCCGAUCAAACGAAACGAUAUACCUUUAUGAGUAGCGACAAUCAACUGCACACGGGUCACGCUAGUAACACUAGCAUAUCAUCGUGUCAAAAUUCCGGCAGUUACACGGAUACCUUAACGUAUAAAAAAUCCGUGGGCUAUUUGAAUUUUGAGAGACAGUCCACGAGUAUAGCCGCAGUGGGCAUAGCGAACGGUAUGAUGGUGUCGUGCAAUAAAUUACGCUCCGGUUUUGACAACGUUGGCUCCGUCACAGGCACGUUUUAUCCACCCGUCGCCUCACCGCACGAUCAAUCGCUGCAGCAUUACAGCGGCACGCAAACGUCUAAGAGCACGACGAAUUAUUCGAUGCAGCCUACCGUCGAGAGCAAUUACAAUCCGGUCCAAUGCGCCAGCAGUCGACAGCAACCCAUAGGGAUUCGCGGAGCCGCCGAAAGUUGUCCCGGCACUGUAACGCACCGAUACCAAAUGCAUCAUCAGGAGUAUCAGACGGACGCAUCCUCUGGUCAGCAGCAACAACACGCGAUUCUCGGCGGUCAUAUCGAUCCCGGUAUGAGCGUCGAGGAUGAUCAGCAGCAGACGCUCCAAUUGGAAAAAUAUUUCAAAUAUUCUCAUCCUACGAGCGUAGCGCAUUCGAGCCUAUCAUCGCAAAGUAUACUAGACAGUAAUCACAACUACGCCAGCGAUCUGCGCUACUACGGGGCACCGCCGCAGUCUCAACUGGACAUACCGAAUUCUCAGUGCAUCGUCGACGAUCAACAGGGCAACAAGGACGCCCGUUGUCCUAAUGUAGCGAUCGGUCAUACUAUGGAGCAGUAUCAUUCAGGAUUGGAGAUGUCCAAGUACACGGAUCACUCAGUGACGCAACAGCAUCAGCAAUCACAACCACAGCAGCAGCAGCAACAGCAGAGCAUGGAACACGUGCCCAAAUCUGACGAUGAUUUUAGUGUUAUACUUGCGGACGUGCGCAAGACUUGCUACAGUAGCUAGUGUUUCUCCUUCUAGUGCACAAAUCGAUCCACAGAUUUCGGAUUGGACUGACAUGCGAAUUUCAGGGACUCAUCUUUCGCUCACGAUCAGGGAGAACAAGACGCUUGUGCGCACAUUUUACGUCAUCACGUGGUUAGUGCUACCCGAAAUAUAUCUAAAAGAUUUUAUUUCAUGAUAACAGGUACGUUCGUCUUAUUAACUUUGGAAACAAUACUUUAGCUCCGAGUUUUCAUACAAGUAAAAGAUAUUGUUUGCAACAUCUCAUUCAAUUUUCAACACGGAAAAUAUUUAUAAUUGCAGUUUCAUUUUUUGUAACUGUCUUUUGUAAGAGUAUCUCCUGCGUAUAAACACGAUCUCUUAUGGAUUUCAGUACAACACUGAAAUCGUAUUCAUGCAAAUCAGUGGCAUCCAAUUGCAUGUCAACAAAUUGCAAUAAGCGAAAUUGCGAUAAAAAUAUGAUACGAAUAUAAUAAUGCGACACAAACAAUAAUAAACUGCCUGAUAUGAUCAAGAACGUCAUCAUAUUGUGUUACAAUGAAUAUCGUUUAUUAGAAUUUUUUUUAUAAGAUAUUAAAUUUCCUCGAUCUCUCUGAUAUCUUAUCUAUAUACGGUCUUAUAUGAACACUUUGGGACCUCAGAAAACGUAAUGAGAUAGACGGUGCACGGCUAGUGUAUAGUAUUAAAAUUGCAGAGAGAAUUGUAUACUCAUAGAUGUCACAUUAUUUUGUCACAUUAGUUUCAUUAUUAAAGAUAAUACAGUAGCAGAGAUAUAAUAGCGAUAGUGAGAGAUAUUAAAUUUUAUUAUUAUAUUAGAAAACUUUCACAUGUCAAGAAAUGUUUUGCAUCAAUAAGUCUUCUCGUAUCUACUCCGAGAGAUAGCGGCAUUUACUUUUGGUGCUACACCACUGUGAGCUUUAUUGUUCAAAAGCUUAUUUUCAAUCAUUACAAACCAUGAUUUUAUAUAAUGUAUGCUUUUUGUUGUACAUAAAUUUUUCUUUUUUUGCUCA